CAUCUCCAAGCGACUUUUCGUGCCUUUCGUUGGCGCCUGCGCAGUACUAUAGGGCUUUGUUAUUUCACAUCAGUAUGGCGCUUAGCAAGACGUUUGGACAAAAACCGGUUAAAUUUCAGUUGGAGGACGAUGGCGACUUUUAUAUGAUCGGGUCGGAGGUGGGAAACUACCUACGCAUGUUCAGAGGUUCCCUGUAUAAAAGGUACCCGUCAUUAUGGAGAAAACUGGCUUCUGUAGAAGAACGGAAGAAGAUAGUGGAGUCGUCACAUGAUCACGGUUACACUCAACUUGCCACCAGUGUGACUUUGCUGAAGGCUUCUGAGGUCGAGGAGAUUCUUGAAGGAAAUGAUGAGAAGUACAAAGCUGUAUCUAUCAGCACUGAGCCACCAGCCUACCUCAGGGAACAAAAAGCAAAGAGGAACAGUCAGUGGGUUCCCACACUGCCCAACAGUUCUCACCACCUGGAUGCAGUGCCCUGUUCCACCACCAUCAAUCGCAGCCGACUGGGCCGUGACAAGAAGAGGACCUUUCCACUGUGCUUUGAUGACCACGAUCCAGCAGUGAUCCACGAAAAUGCCACCCAGUCAGAGGUGCUGGUUCCAAUCCGUCUGGACAUGGAGAUUGAAGGACAGAAGCUCAGAGAUGCUUUCACCUGGAACAUGAAUGAAAAGUUGAUGACGCCAGAGAUGUUUGCUGAGAUUCUCUGUGACGACCUGGACCUCAACCCACUGGCUUUCGUCCCUGCUAUUGCCUCUGCGAUCCGACAGCAGAUCGAGUCCUAUCCAACGGACAGCAUCCUGGAGGACCAGACGGACCAGAGGGUCAUCAUCAAGUUGAACAUCCAUGUUGGAAAUAUCUCUCUGGUGGACCAGUUUGAGUGGGACAUGUCUGAGAGGGAGAACUCUCCAGAGAAGUUUGCACUUAAGCUUUGCUCCGAGCUUGGCCUGGGUGGGGAGUUUGUCACCACCAUCGCCUACAGCAUCCGCGGUCAGCUGAGCUGGCACCAGAGGACAUACGCCUUCAGUGAGAACCCACUGCCCACAGUGGAGAUAGCGAUUAGAAACACGGGUGAUGCUGACCAGUGGUGCCCCCUGCUGGAGACCCUGACGGACGCAGAGAUGGAGAAGAAGAUCAGAGACCAGGACAGAAAUACAAGGCGAAUGAGGCGACUGGCAAACACAGCACCUGCCUGGUAGAUGCCUCCAUGCACCACCUGCAAGAACGGUGCUCGUCUCACUAAGGUAUGGCGCAGUCGCGGUUCACAACAUCGGCAGCAAAGACGUCCCCUGUCACGCGCCGGACGUCCGAUCGGGUCUUCUGUUUGCCGUACACGUGCUCAUUUUGAAUUUUAUUUGAAUUGUUCUGUCAAGCCCUGGUAGAAAAUGUCCCCGCUUCGUGUUUCCCCUCUGACCCCCUGCCUGGAGGAGCUGCUCUCAAUUUGACCACUGACUCUGUUACCACAUCCCAGUGGAGGGAAAAAUACACAACCAGUCUCAGAUAAUAUAUUGUUAUCUUGUUUUUGUUGUCUUUUUGUACAUUUUAUUGAUUCUUACAAAAUAAAAAAAGUGAAACCUUG